AUGGUGCACCCACAGGUUGAAAUUCAGCGUCAGUCGAUCGAGAACAGGGACGAUUUCUGGCUCAAAGCUGCACGCUCCGUCCACUGGCACAAGCCUCCCACCGUGGCGUAUGGCCCUACGUCGAACCGCAAUGCCGCCUAUCUCGACCCUCAAGGCCAGACCUGGUUCCCAGAUGCACAGCUCAACACCUGUUACAGUGCUGUGGACAGACACGUCUACGCACCCGCUCAUGCUGCUGCUGCCCCCAUCACCGUUUCGCCAGACACGCCGCAUCUCGCACUGGCGCCAACCGCUCACAAAGUUGCCUUCCAUCACGUGUCUCCUCUUUCUUUCCAAACCCACCAGUCCCGCUCCGUCACCUACUAUGAGCUUCUCCAGCAGGUGCAAAUCGUAGCGGGCAUCCUGAGACACAAGGGUGUGAGCAAAGGAGAUGCAGUGGUCAUCUACAUGCCCAUGGUCCCCGAAACGUCCAUUGCUAUGCUGGCAUGUGCGAGGAUCGGAGCGGUCCACUCGGUUGUGUUCGGUGGAUUCGCGCCCAAGGAACUGGCAAAACGUGUUGAGGACUCGCGCUGCAAAAUCAUCAUUGCCGCUAGUUGCGGCUUGGAGCCCAAGGGACCUGUCGACUACAAGCCGCUGGUGGAUGAAGCGCUCAAGGUGUCGGAUCACAAGCCACAGUCAGGACUGUUGUUCCUUCGACGACACACAAUCAGCGGACACAGUCCGGCUCAAUGCGCAAACGGCGGCGCUAACGGCCCCGCCGGUCUACCAGAGUGGGACUGGGAGGUGGAGAGCAAGCUCACUUCCGAGAGAGUCGGAGGCAGGUCGCCCUGCUGGGAAUGUGUUCCUGUCGCAAGCGAAGAUCCCAUCUACACCAUCUAUACCAGCGGCACCACAGGUGCGCCCAAGGGUGUCUGUCGUCUUUCUGGUGGUCACAUUGUUCAACUCCGCUACUCAAUCGAACACAUGUUUGGCAUGACGCCCAACGAUGUCAUGUUUUGCGCUUCAGAUCUCGGAUGGGUUGUUGGCCACUCUUACAUCCACUACGGCCCGCUGCUCCUGGGCGCGACUUCAAUCAUAUUCGAAGGCAAGCCUGUGAUCCCCGACGCGGGCAUCUGGUGGCGAAUCUGCUCGCAGUACAAGGUGACACAGAUGUUCUGUGCUCCUACGGCGCUGAGGGCGAUUGUGGGUCAAGAUGCGGAUGCUACGCUCAUGCGUGCUCCUGGAGUGGAUCUGAGGAGCUUGAGGGCACUCUUCUUGGCUGGAGAGAGAAGUGAGCCGCAGAUCGUGGCCAAGUUCGAGAGGUUGUUAAAAGAAUUGGCUGCACCAGGCGCACAGACAAACGACAACUUCUGGUCGAGCGAAUCUGGUUCGCCCAUCACAGGAUUGAUGCUGUCUUCCGCCUUCGGUCCACUACCUGCACGCCCUGGUAGUGCCGGUCUCCCCAUGCCAGGAAUGGAUGUCCGUAUCGUCGAUGAUAACGGCCGCGAACUACCUCGGGGUCAGAUGGGCAACCUCGUCCUAGCUCCCCCUCUCGCCCCGUCCUUCCUCGGCGGGCUCUGGCGCAAUCCAGACCGAUUCUUCAAGUCUUACUUUUCCACAUUUGCUUCCAAAGGUGGCUGGUUCGAGACCGGAGAUCAAGGCAUCAUCGACGAUCAUGGCUACGUCUCCAUCCUUGCGCGUUCGGACGACAUCAUCAAUGUUUCAGCUCAUCGCCUCGGUACGGGUCUCAUCGAACAAGUUGUAACGUCGCAUCCCGAUGUCAUUGAGUGUGCCGUCGUCGGGGCUCCCGACAAGCUCAAAGGUCAAUCUCCCUUUGCGAUCGUUGUAGCUCACAGUCGGGUGGCAGCGGCAGCGGGGGGAGAGUCGCAUAAUUCGGCACAGAGUGAUUCGGCAAAGCAGAUGCUCAAGAACAUCAACGAUCAUGUAAGGAAAGAGAUGGGUCCAAUCGCUCAGCUGAGUGGCCUGAUCGAGGCUCAGAAACUGCCAAAGACGAGAAGCGGCAAGACGCUGAGGAGAAGCCUCAGGCAGGCAGUGGAAAACGCUGCUGCUGGUAAGAGGAAUGCACCUGUUGACUUCCCACCUACUAUCGAGGACAAGGAGGUCAUCGAUAUUGUGCGCAAAGCCAUCGAACAGUACUUUGACGCCAUCGACGGAACGUCGUCAAGCAACACUGCAGCGUCAAGCGCUUCGUCUAGCAACACUUACUGUACUCCACAGUCGAAUUCAGCCACACGUGUGUCUGCUGGUCUGCCCACCAGCGUCAAGCACAGCAUGAAGGCUUUGCAGCUCGAGCGUCCUCAGGGAGAGCCCAAGAAGGGACAGCGAAACAUCGCUGUUGUGCGCCAAGUGCCUAUGCCCAAACCCAACUCGAACCAAGUUCUGGUAAAGAUGCUCGCAGCCGGAUUCAACCGUCGUGACGAAUGGUCAAUGGUGGGUGCCUAUCCGGGACUGAUGUACGAAAAUGCAACUAUGGGAUGUGACGGUGCAGGCCAAGUGGUCUCUCCGGACGGAUUCAGAUUGCCAAACGAGCAUCCCGAUCAAGUAGUGCUCCUCACCCCUACUCGUGGUUGGGACACUGACAAAGACGGACCCGAAGCCGAGCUUGCUGGCAUCUCGGACGAACAGCGGACCAAUGGUCUCGGCGGUCGAGGAUUCGGCAUCCUCGGUGCGACCAAGCCUACCAACGGUGUGGGAACUUUUGCCGAAUUCGUUGCGGUCGAAAAAGACCAGAUCGUCGCUGCACCGAAACAUCUUACUCCUGAACAGGCCGCCGUGCUCCCCUGUGCUUCUGUUACCGCGUACCGCGCGCUGUUUACCAAAGCACAGGUUAGCAAGGGUCAAAAUGUGCUUUUGACCGGCGUUGGAGGGGGCGUAGCCAUGCUAGCACUUCAAAUGGCGGUUGCUGCCGGCGCAAAUGUAUACGUCACCGGAGGGUCGGCCGAAAAAAUCUCGCGCGCUGUCAAGAUGGGUGCAAAAGCAGGUACUGAAUACAAGGAUGCUUCAUGGGCGUCCAAGAUCCUGAAGCUGCUGCCUCAGUCGCGGCCGUAUCUGGACUGCGUGAUUGACAGCGCUGGCGGCGAGAUCGCAGUGCAAGCGCAGAAGGCUGGGCUGAAAGCCGGUGGCAAAGUAGUCAUCUUUGGCAUGACGGCGGCGCCCAAGUUGACAUUCACAAUGCGCGAGGUGUUGAAGAACAUCGAAGUGCUAGGUUCCACUAUGGGAAGUGCUCGCGAGUUUGCAGACAGCAUCAGGUUCAUUGAAAAGCACAGAAUCGUGCCGGUCGUCGAUACCGUGUUGGACGGAUUGGAGCACGCGCACAGGGGCUUCCAGUUGCUGGCAGACGCCGAUAAGAGGAGUGGAGGAAAAGUGGUCAUCAGACUCGCAAACGUAGAUCCAUCAAAAUGCAAGUUGUAG